AUUAAAAUUUGAGGAUUGACUUCAAAGCUGAGAAGAAUGGCAAUGGCUACUUCCUCUUCUACUCAGCUUCCACUGUCUUCUUCUUUGUUUCAUCCUCAAAUUACCAAAACUCCACUACUUCUCCCGGUUACGAAACUAGGUCUUCGGAUAACGAAGAAGUCUCUCUCGUUAUCAUGUCGUCCUUCAAUCUCGGCAACUUCCGCCGUCGGCGUCAAUGAUGAACCGGCGACUUCGAAGAAAUCAACCAAAACUCUUCCGUUUCGAGUCGGUCACGGUUUCGAUCUUCAUCGGUUAGAGCCAGGUUACCCUCUGAUCAUCGGCGGGAUUGAUAUUCCUCAUGAUAGAGGCUGCGAAGCUCACUCCGACGGCGACGUGUUGCUUCAUUGUGUAGUGGAUGCAAUUUUGGGAGCCUUAGGGCUUCCUGAUAUAGGUCAAAUCUUCCCUGAUUCUGAUCCUAAAUGGAAAGGAGCUGCUUCAUCUGUAUUCAUCAAAGAAGCUGUGAGACUCAUGGAUGAGGCAGGUUACGAGAUAGGAAAUCUAGACGCUACAUUGAUUUUACAGAGACCAAAGAUAAGUCCACAUAAAGAGACCAUCAGAACCAAUCUAUCCAAGCUUCUUGGAGCUGAUCCUUCUGUUGUAAACCUCAAAGCCAAAACCCACGAGAAAGUUGAUAGCCUCGGAGAAAAUAGAAGCAUUGCAGCUCACACUGUUAUUCUCCUCAUGAAGAAAUAGAAGUCAAAAUUCAUGUUACCUCUGUAACAUCUUCUUAAAAAGUCUCAUCUUAUAAGAAAAAACAAACUUUUGAUUGUAAAUUUACUCACCAUCGAUUACAGAUAAUGAUGAUGAUUCAUUGUGAAUCCUUGUUUCAUUUGACUGCAAGUACCUUGUGACGCAA